AAUGCAUCAUUAACGAUAUCCCAAUCCCUAAUCCUAUCCGAAUUCCAAGUAUUGUAGUUAACUACAACUAGUGAACACCUAAUAGUAAUAAAAUUGCAAUUUACAAAUUUUAUUGGAAUAUAACUCAAAUUAACCUAGUGUUACUAUCAAACGGUUUAGUUAAAAAUGUUAAGCAACUUAGUUUACGUGUUGUAAUUUUCCAUAAAUAAAUUGAAUAUUAAUAAGUUUUUAAAAUAAUAUUUUCGUAUUUUUAACGAUAUAAAUUAGGUAGAGCAAUAUGUCCAAAGAAGUUAUGAUCACCAUGAAUGCUCCCACAACACCAGUUCAACAAGGCCUGUUCCGAAAACGAAGCAGUAGACCAGUGCACAUCAAAUCAUGGACCAUCAUGUUAAACAAAAAUGGGUUUGUCCGGUGUCAUCUUCAGCAUUGUCGAUACAUAGCUUAUUGUAUAGACGACAUGAGAGAGCAUUUCAAAACAUGUCGUGGUGAAGUAGCUGGUAAUUUUGUGUGCCCGACUUGUGGUGGUCAAACAACAUCACAAGAAGCACUUGAUUAUCAUAAACGAAACAAUCAUAAAGAUUCUGAUGUAAUGUCAAUUAUAAUAAAACCCACUCUCACCGAACAACAAUUGACAUUGUGGACAACUGAUAUCAAGACUCGUGGGUACACUCAAUGUCUCAUGCCUGAUUGUCAUUUCAUUAGCUACAAAGUUUCUGAGCUUGAGCAACACUAUGAAAAGUGUCUUGGUGAAGAUCCAGAUACAUCCUCUAAAUUUUUAUGUCGUCAUUGUAAAGGGUAUACAUCGUCACAACAAGCACUCCAAUUUCACCAAAACAAUCACCAUAAAGAUUUACUGUUUCCAAUAAAACAGAAAAAUAAAGAUGAUUUUGAUGAAGAUAAUAAAAUUAAAUCUUACCCAAUGGGUCAGUAUGGACAUCCAACAUCAAGUACUACAAAUCCUGCUAGCAAAAUAGUUACAUAUUCUCAAUGGAAAAUGCAAGAAGAUUUAGCUGACACUGAAUCUAUCUGUUCUGAGGUGAAUGUUAACAAUCCAACUGAUGCUCAAAUUAAAGAAUGGAUAAUAGAUUUAAAAAAUGGUUAUGUACAUUGCAAUCACAAUGCUUGCAAAUACAUGUCAUUUGAUGUAGAUGAUAUGAAUGAUCAUUUUGCUACAUGCUUUGAACCAUAUCUUGAUGAUGAAUUUGAAUGUUCUAUUUGUGGAGGUAGGACCACAUCAUCAAAUAAACUAAAAACACAUCUCUUGCACCAUCAUGAAGAAGGUUACAAACACUUAACAGAGGAGGAAUGUGGUUUUAAAUUGGUUGAAACCGAAGAUGGCUUAGAGUUGCAGUCUGAAAAUAAAGAACCUAUAAAACGUAAAACUGAUGAGGUUGACGAAGAAUAUGAAGAAAAACAUUCUGUCAAACGAAAGUCAUAUGAUAUACCCUAUAACCAUUUAACCAAAUGGCGUGAUGAACUGCUACGUAACAAAUUUAUAAGAUGCACUGCUGCAGAUUGCAGUUACUUAGCUUUGGAUAUGUUAGAAAUGAAACAGCAUUCAGAUGAGCAUGUAGAUAGUGUUUAUUGGUCAUUUAAAGAUCGUAAUUUAGAAGACAGAGUUGCAAACUAUUGUGAUGCAUGCAAUGGUCAUUUCAAAAGUAUAAAACAUUUAGAUGGCCAUAAAUUAGUAUCACAUAAUAGUAGUGAUACAUCCAAUAUAGAUAGCUUGCUAGUAGAAAACAAUGAAGAAAAUAUUGAAGACGAUGAAGAAAUUGAAGAAAUUUUUUAAGUAAUAAUUUUGAUCCAAUUUGAUAUUCUCACAUACCUACAUUAAGAUUGCAAAUGCACAUUGUGUGUUCAAUUUAAUAUCAUAUAGGCCAAAAGUUCAAUAUUUUACCAUUAUUUUACUAUUAAACUUAUAUUCAGUGUUUAUUUAAUGUAUUUAAUUAAUUUUUUGUCAGUUUUGUAACUUCUCAAAACAAAAACCUGAUUUAGACGAUUUUAAGAAU